UCAAUACAAAUUACUACACGGUAAUUACAGUGUCAGUAUUCGUACACAAUAGAAUGGUAGUACAAUAUUCAAUGGCAGUAUAAAAGAUGAGAGCAGUGGAAAUGACAAUGACAAGAAUUUUAAUCCCCUCGCCGCAACAGUGGUCAAGCUUCCGAGAUAGUGAUAAGUGAUCUUCACACGAAAGCGGGGAUUGAUGUAAUGUCAGAUGAAAUGGGAGACGACAGGCACGCGAUCAAACUGGACUCGCGUCAUUCCGGGACAAGCCGAUUGUUCUUAAGGGUUACGAACAUUCGUCACCACUCGUCCCUUUCCGUAACCCACAAGAAGAAUCCUCCCCCUAUACGAAAAACCAAUCAGACUGCGCGUAUGACUUCAAGUACUUCAGUCAAAGAAUCCCUCAAGAAUAAUUUUAAAUGUGCAUAUGUCUUGCAUCUAAAAAUAUACCCAACAUACAGUUAAAUGUGUUCAAACAUGGUGUAUAAUACCUUAAGUCAAGAUGUGUUUUAAAUAACAUCUGGAAAAUAUAUACAUGGGGAAAAUAUUCGCGAAUCCUUACGCAACGAGUUGACAAUUCUUUUAGCUAUGCUCGUUUGCGCUUAGACGGAACCCAAUUGCAAAAAUGACCACGGGAGAGUCGCUAUUCAGCUUAUCCCGGAAUAACAAGAGUUGGUCAGGAAUGAGUUACGGAAAGGGGCGAGUGGGGUCCCCUAUGCGAAGUUACUACUUAUUUCUUUUUCCUUUUUCAGCCAGGAAAACACUGUUUGUGUCAUUUGUGUUGUGCCAGGUGUUUAUAAUGUACAUGUUUUGGAAAUGGUACGACGUGAUGUUGGCGCACCGUCGACUAGGCUCUGUCUCACAAGCACAAUCAAGUGGUAAAUGGAUAAUUACGUCAUCCUACACAGGAAAUGACGUCAUUGGCAUCGCUGGAUGGACGGUAUUGUCUCUUGGUCAUACCGACACAAGGAUAUUCUGCAGAUUUUCUGGUUGCGCCGUUUUGAAUUCAACCGAAGAGGAAACAACCACACAAUAUGAAAAUGACAAGUGGCUGUCCAAGAGAAUAGGCGCUUAUCUUCACGCCAUAUCUCGCGGGGCAAAGGUGAUAUGUGUGGCCCGUCAUCUAGAUGCAGGUACCAUGAAGCUGAUAAAGAGAAUGGCCGACAAUAUGCCUGAAUCGGGAAUAAUGCUGAUGUCAAAUAAAACUUUUAUUGGCCCGCAUGAAGUAUUUAACAACGAGAUAGGAAAACUAACGAAAUUCUAUAACGAUUUCUACAUAGAGAAACAUAUAAGUGCAUUAAUUAUGUCUUCGUUCAGUCCAACACAGGGGGAGACAACUCAGGAAAAACUGUCGUCAAACUGUGAUUCGUAUCCCCCAGUGUUUCUCCCGAUCAACACGUACACUUACCUAAGUACCCACAUCGACGUCUUCCGGUAUGAUGCAUUCUGGGCUCUCCUUUUGAGAGACAUCGGAAAUGGAGACAUGAUAAUACAACGCUUACUGUGGGAAAUCCCAGGUCAUAUUGGAAUAUAUCCAGCUUGCACGUCAGAACGGACAGGCACGUCUAACAACAAGCGCGAUGUGAAUGUUCCAUCUGCAUUGUUGUCAUGGAAAUGCGUUCAUGGUUUGGAUAUCUUAAAAUGUUUGGAAAAUGCCAUGACUAUAAUGGCAGGAGAGCUAUUAGUCACAAUGCGGGAUCUCCAUAUGAUCAACAAAUGGGUUUCAGAACUGACGUCAAUUAAAUACCAGACACCACAGAGAGAAGCCCAACCAAUACAACCACGGGAGAACCCAACACUCGGGGCCGCCGGUACUGUACCUAAAAGGACAUCAGUGAACAGCGAAUCCCAUGAACAGCUGAAGCUAUUGUGUCCCACGUCUGUUAGAAGGUUUCCAAAUAAGGUUCAAACACGAGUGUCGUGUCAAGUGUCAACAGCUCAAUGUAUCAAGCCUUCUCGUCAUGCGCAGACGGUCACUACCGUUGCUAACUUCGUUACACUCUCGGUAACAGCGCGAUGGGGUAGAGAGCUGCGCAAAUGGACUUUCGCUGUGGGGAGCUUGUGUUAA